AGCAGUGGCAGGAACAGGAAAAGCGUAUCUUCGUCGGCCUUCCCGUAAAAAUGCGCUGAUAGAUUAGUUUUCGUCCAAAGUAUAUAACUAUCGCCUACAUAUUUUAGUUUUUGGUUUAGCAAGUCGAUUUUGGUUCUGUUGUGUUUGUCGUGCUUAUACUGAAGCGCCCGGACCUCUCGUCAGCAAAGCAGAGCUACCCCACCAAAUAUAACAUCACUUCGUGACAGCAAUCCCAAAUUCUCCUGAGUCUCUAAAACACGAAAAAAUCAGCAGCUGAAGCGCUCGAGUAUUGAAGGGAUGUCUGCUCACGCUACAGAUCCCCGCGAGAAUUCUGUCCAAGAUCUGAAUGCCUCCAAGGUAGCUGCUCAGCCAGCAGCCCCGCAAAAUGCCGGCGGCAAUGAGCUCAGCGGGAAGCAAGAGCAUUAUCUCAAGCGGGAACUCAUUUCUCAACAAGUGACAGCCGAAAUCAACGAGCUCAGUUCGCCCACAGCGCUCCAGAGAUUCGGCGCGCCCUUCAGAUCCGAAUUUGGCGAAGUCUCUCCGUUAGACUCAGACCUACCUAUUUUGCGAUAUAUCUUCGUUCAUCAUGUUCGCGAGUUCCCGUUUUUGGAUAAAGCGAAGGAGAAGGAGUUCUGGCAGGAUAAGCUACAAGUGUUUCUCGAAUCGUUCGCAAAUAAGCGUAUAUCGUCGUCUGAAGAUCGUCUAGAGGAAACAAAACGCAGGAAAUUGUCCCUUAAAGCCCAGAAGCUGGUCGAGCUGAUGAUGGUUUCUGGUAUCCCUACGUCCUCUGGAUAUGAAGAGCGCAUUAAGUUCGCGGAAAUGGGUGUCGUUGAAUCAGGAGCUAUUGAGCAAGGUGUCCUGUCUACACUACCGGAAGGAAACUACUUAUACGGCUGGGACGUUAACAUCGCAGGUGUAAGGAUUACAUCUGUGAAGAGGAACAUCAGACACCACCCGCACGCUGAGUUUAUUCUUAGAAUAAGGAAGAAGGGAGAGCUGCCAUACUUCACUGGCCGCAGAUAUGGCGAUUUCUUAAAGCUGCACAGAAACCUGCGGAACGAGUUUCCAGGAAAGAUCUUACCAGCACCACCGAAGAAGAAUAAACAGAACUCAACAGCAUCGAACCUAUUCGGUUCCUCGAAGGGUGAGGACAGUGAUUCGUCUUCGUUAUCUUCUGUUUCCACUCAGGCAACUUCAGCAGCAGAUGGGGCAGCGACCACUACUGCGUCGAUGCGAAUGCUGGCCGUAGAAGGCCACCGACGAUCGGCAUCGGGACAAACUCUCGGCGUUGACGGAUCUUCACCUCGGAACUCUAUAGACAACCGGUCGAACCGAUCGAACCGAUCGAUAUCAAACUCUAACAACACGAACGAUCACGACCCUGUGGUGCUUCCACGUGAAUCCCAACGAAUUUCGCUGAGGGCGUUUCUCCGCACACUCCUAGGGAACCCCGAUAUUGCUCGUUCAAAGGCGAUGGAAGAGUUCCUAACCCAUCACCAUAUUACACCCAGCGAUGACGACGUUAAUGAUAUCGACAGGCGAAGACUGAUGGACGAGAAAAGAUUGAAAGAGCAAAAGAAAUUCUAUGAAAUCGCUCGGAAACGAGCUGCUGAAUUGGACAUAUACAUGGAAGAGUUCCGCCGAGACAUUAUUGAAACCAACGGCUUGACCAAGCUAUUCAAGGAGAUCAAGGUCAAGGAGAGCAUCCAAGAUAUGAGCUUGCAAUAUCAGAAGUUCUGCGAGUGGCUCCGAAUCGAGGUUGCAGCCACCAUAUAUCAUCUAUUCCUUGCUGAGGAUAACUCCCCUGAGGUGUUUGCGCAGGUCAAGAAGGCCCAUUCCAUGAUUCCUUACACUUUAAUCAAGAACGCAAUCCGGAUAGCGAAUCCUGCUGCGGUGAUGUCCAGCAUACUGGACAUAUUCCUUGCCCAGCCAUUUGGUGCACGAUCACUGAUGCAACGAAUCUUCAGCAUGGCGCUAAACGAAGGGGUCAGAGCUUACCAGAAGUCGAUUGAUUCUUUGGUCAAGAACAUUGACGAACCGGUCUUUUCUGAUAAGCUGAGAUUAUUCACGUACGCCGACGAAGAGAUUAAGAACAUCAUCCGCGCUGAAUCUGAGUCGGAUCAAGUGGACUUGAUUGUUUCUAUUCUUCGGAGUGAACUGAUCGAGCCACCAUUGAAUGGACCACAGAUCGCAAAGAUUUUCAAUGCCUACGUCGCCUGGAAUAGCGCCGUGGACAACGUUGACGAUGAGAUGAAGCAAGGGGCCCACCUUUUCUCAUAUCUAAAGCAGCUCCUCAAGCUUUUCACGCGACAGCGUGACAAGUCGAUGCUGCUGGGGCUGAUCGAAGAGCCUGUCACCCUUCAGCUUCUUCGCGACCUGUUUACGAUAUUCUAUGAGCCACUCGUUAGGGUGUAUAAAUCCGCCAAUGUUUACAACAGUGUGACUGAUUUCUCGGUUUUCAUUGAUGACAUGAUACAGGUCGUCGACAAAUGCCACGAGCAAGACAUAGCUACGGAUCCGAACCAGACAGUUCAAGCGUUUAUAGAUCUCUGCCAGCGUCACGAACACAAUUUCUACAAAUUUGUCCACGAAGUCCAUCUCCACGAUGAUGGGCUUUUCGAAAAACUCAUGGGUUGGAUAGAAGGUAUUUUGGAAUUCCUGCGCCAAGGUCCAAAGGGCGGAAAGCUCGACAUCAAUGCCCUCUUUGCCGGCGCUGCAUCUGUUAAUCAAGUAGACCCCGAGAAGGUUAAGAAAGAAGUCGACGAGCUCAUUGGGUGGCAAGAAGCCAGGAAGCAAUGGCAUAAUGAGAAAACCCGCCAAAAGAUGGCUGCCGAUGGGACAGGCACCCAACCUGAAGCUGUCCCAGGAGGCAUUGCUUUCAGCAGUAGUGAUUUUGGCAUAGACCAGACAGAUCUAGAGGAUAUGGAUUACAGCGAGGAAGAUGUAGAUGACGAGGAGAACGACGAUGACGAGUUAGAUCCCAUCACAGCGGAGAGGAAGAGAAGGGCUCGGAGGCAAGACAUCCUCAGGAGGACCGCUGGAGAACCCCAGAAGCCAGAGGUUUCCGAAGUUCAUAAGUUGCAGGAAAAUUUCGUCAGCAUGCUGAGAAUGGUUCUCUCGGAUUGAGAGACGAGAGGUUUAUACACUCAUAACAAAUGGGAUUUGUAGUCUGUAUGUAAAUAGUACAUGAAUUGGAGAAAGGGGUGAUACUGGAAUGCAUAGGCUACUUAUUCUAUGAGUGCGUGUGUGAAUAUCAUUAUUUUCCUGUCGAG